AUGCACAAGUCCAUCGCCCGGUCAUUGGGUUACAACUGGCGCUUUCUUGCAAAAGAAUGUCCGAUCGUUGAAGAUGUCAUUGGGUUGUUCCGGAAGCCCAACUCCACUGGCGGCGUGGCCACCAUGCCUUACAAGACCGCGAUCAUGGCUCAUCUGGACGGCCUCGAUGAUUACAGUGUCAAGGUCUGCGCGUGCAACAACGUCUACCGAGUGACGGAUGGUUCUAUUCGCAGGCUGAACAAUGAUUGGCGUGGAAUCAAAUCCUGGCAGACGGCCCUGAUUAUUGGCGUGGGAAGGGCGCGCAGAGCCGCAGUUUAUGCUCUGUAUGAAGAGCUUGGAUUUACGUCAGUCUAUGUGGCCAAUCGCGACGAGGAUGAAGUGAGAGCUCUCCGGGAAAAUACAAAGCCAUACGGAAGCAGUCCUCAGAUCACCCAUAUUCGAUCAGUGAAAGAGGCUACGAAUUUGACUGAGAUGCCAUACCACACCGUUCGCACCGUGCUGGACUUCGAACCGCAGACAAGCGCGGAACUUGAAGCGCGCGAUAUUCUCGUUACCAUCCUGCCGUCAUCGCGUGAGAAGGAAACCGGGUUUCAAGGUGCUGAAAUCUUCUACGAGAACUUAGAAUCCGCCAUGAAGAGCCACGAAGAAGCAAGCCCAUGGAAUCUCCUGAUCACAGCUGGCGAAGUGGAAAAUCUAUGCAACGCAUAUGGUCUCAUAAUUAUCAGAUUGCAACCGUUUCUAAAAAUUGAGAAGCUCAAAUUGUGGUUCCAAAUUGUGAAGACGCUCGGGACUUAUAUCAUUCAAAUGAUAACGAAUUUUCUGACCGAGAAUGUCACCGGCGACAUGGUCCUCAUCGUGCAGGAUAUGGUCGAGGCCGCCGACCUUGGCCUCGGAAGAAUUGGCACUUUCGAUUCGGUCGUCAGGCGAGUGGAUAGACUGAACUUUGGAAGCUGCCUUGAUGCGCUUAACAUCACCGGGAGGGUUUGGACCGAUCCUGCGAGUAUCACGGGAACGACGCCAAACUCUGCGAGUGAUCUGAAGGAGUCAAUCGAGUGUCUGGUUCGAACGGUCUAUGUGCACAGAGUCUUCUGUAUCCAGGUGGCGGACGCUGAACGGAUGCAGUUAUUACUGACCCAAGGCCAUCCGUUCCACGAAAGGGGCGGAUAUCUUCCUGUCGUAGAUAUAGCUCGCGCAGUUUUGAAGGAUCUCGGGUACAAUGGAUGA